GGUUAUCUUGUGUAAACUUAUCGGGUGAGCUCGCGACAACGUCGCACUACUUUCCGGUGUAGUCAGUUCGCGGCCUUUUUAGCUCCUCACUUCGGUCACGAUGACGGCGAAAAGGCGAAACAACGGUCGCUCCAAGCACGGUCGCGGUCACGUCAAGCCCGUGCGGUGCACCAACUGCGCUCGUUGCGUGCCCAAGGACAAGUCCAUUAAGAAGUUCGUCAUCCGCAACAUCGUGGAGGCUGCCGCCGUGAGGGACAUCACAGUGGCUAGCGUCUACGAGACGUACCCGCUGCCCAAGCUCUACGCCAAGCUCCACUACUGCGUCUCCUGCGCCAUCCACUCCAAGAUAGUGCGCAACAGGUCCAAGGAGGCUCGUAAGGACCGUGCUCCCCCGCCGAGGUUCCCAAGGGCCACUGCUGACCUGGCUCGUGGACCCAACGCUCCUCGUGUUGCCGUCAAAUAGGCGAUGGAAUAAAAGAUUGGAAGGUGC